AUGGACGAACCGCGACCAGGGAGCCAACGACAAUUUGAAGGUAUUCUCAAGUUUAACUGGGGCCAAUUGAAUCAUAAUCUCGAACUCCCACGAAAGCGCGACUCCAUGGCAAGCCCGCCCCAGGAAGCCUACGAGUGCGGCGAAGUCAUCGGCACUCGUACAACCUUUGAUCGGGCCCAACCCCCAGAAUCAUUCAACCACCGUGAUCUCCUCCCGUAUGCUUCCGAAGUAACUUUGUCGUCGAAACAAAACAAAAGAAGGAGAGGUGGGAGAAUGGAGAUGGAUUCGCGUCGGCCCAAAGAAAAAGCAAAAAAACUGGAGCAGAACAUCCUAACAAGUUCUGAAUCAAACGUCCUGGCGAGCCGUUGA